AAGCAAUCGCGUAUUAUCGCCAGAAUAAAAUCCUCACUCACCGCUCCGUCUUCCCGAAGCCAAAACGGUGAUUUUUUCUGUUCUCUCUUUCGUAAACCCUAGGCGGCUCCGCCCGCUUUUGGAGCAGCCAUGGCCGGCGGUAACAAUACCACCAAGCCAUCUCAGAAACCUUCUUCUUCUUCCGCCGCCCCGUCUAACCGGAAAUCCCGUUGGGAGUCCACCUCCAACAAUAAUCCUCCCUCCGAUCCCAAAUCCGAUUCUAGAACUUCCAAACCUCACAAACCGUCUCCGAAAACUGCAAUUAGCCCGGGUUCGACGCACCCCAUGCAUCCCACCGACAAGGGUGUCAAUCCGACUCCGGCCUCGGCUCCAAUCCCUUCUCCUCCCUUUCCUGACCCCUCGGCUCUUGGCCCAUUGCCUCCGCCCUCUUAUGGAUUCCACAUGCUUGAGCGCCGCACGAUUGUUCUUGCCGAUGGUAGUGUACGGUCCUACUUCGCUCUCCCGCUCGACUAUCAAGAUUUUACUCCGCCUGCAAGGCCCAUGGACCUUGCUGGCCGGUUUUUACCAAUGGGUUCCGGGGGUCCUGGCCGUGAAUAUGGUGGAUUUGAUCAUCGGUUUCCCCCAGGUGGCCCUAUGAGCCCAGAUGAGUUUCGGGGUAAUCGGGAAGAACAAUUUGCGCGUGCUAGGCCUCAAGAUCACUGGAAUUCUCGAGGGGCUGAUGAGCGUGGUGGUGCUGCUGAAUUUUCGAUGAAAAGGAAAUUCAAUGACGACAAUGAGAAGGAUAGGAAGGAUGACAAAGACGAAUUAUCUAGGCGACAGCAGCAAUUCUUGCAUAACGGGAAUGCAAAUGGAUUUUUUUCAGGCCCCGGCGAACGACGGGGAGAUUUUUUAGUGGGAACGAGUGACCCAUAUAGUAGAACAGAGGAUAUGAGGUUCUCGAAGUACAUGCGAGUUGGUGGGGGUUAUGAAAAUGAAGGUUUAAGGUUAGGUAGCGGCGACAAUGUGGCUCCUAAAUAUUUAGAAGUUGAUCAGAAUGCAUUGAAAAAGGCAUUUGUUCACUUCGUGAAGACUAUCAAUGAGAACGCAAAUCAGAGAAAGAAUUAUUUGGGCAACGGGAAGCAUGGGCGUCUCCAAUGUCUUGCCUGUGCAAGGUCAUCUAGAGAAUUUCCAGAUAUGCAUGGCCUUGUUAUGCACACGUACAACUCUGAUAGUGCUGAUUCACAAGUGGAUCAUUUGGGUUUACACAAAGCUCUUUGUGUUUUAAUGGGGUGGAACUACUCAAAGUCUCCUGAUAACUCGAGAGGAUACCAGUUUCUAUCUGCUGAUGAAGCAGCAGCUAAUCAGGAUGAUCUUAUUAUGUGGCCUCCUCUAGUGAUCAUCCAUAAUACAAUUACUGGAAAGGGUAAAGAUGGGCGCAUGGAGGGUUUGGGAAACAAAGCAAUGGAUAGUAAAAUUAGAGACCUUGGGUUUGGGGGUGGGAAGUCAAAGUCUCUGUAUGGAAGAGAUGGUCAUUUGGGCACAACGUUGAUCAAGUUUUCGGGUGAUCAGUCUGGCCUCAAUGAAGCUAAGAGACUGGCUGAAUUUUUUGAGAAGGGUGGUCAUGGACGUAUGGCUUGGGCUCACGUGCGGCCUGCAGUGUUUAGUAUGGAUGAUGACAAAAAUCCAAACCUUGUGAAGACGGAUGAAAAGACUGGAGAGAAGAAAAGGAUUUUUUAUGGUUAUCUUGCAACUGCAGCUGAUAUGGACAAAGUUGAUUUCGAUACAAGGAAGAAGGUAGCCAUAGAGAGCUGUAGGGACUUCAAAUCGUCCAGGUAGAAUAUCUGGAGAAAUAUAUAGUUCAGCACGUGUUCAUUUUGUACCCUUGGUUCAACUGCAAAAGGUCAGAUCCAUGUCAUUUUUGAGCUCGAUGGUUCAUUGAUGAAGUGAAGUCUUUACAAGUCUUUACCAAACGGCUUGGUGAAUAUCAUCCUUUGUCUAAAGGAAGUGGUUGUUUGGUCUACCAGUAAUGUAACUUCAGGAUUUUUCCAGGAUUUGUUGCAUAGUUUUAAUUCUUCCAUAGAACGAUUAAUGUGUAUGGCGGGGUAUGGAAUAUGGAUCUGGUUGUUUGUCUACCUUUUCAAAUCCAAAUGAUUGAAAGAAGCUUUAAUUAUUAGUAUGUUGUUACAUUAA